CACUAGUAGUAGGCUUCGUUUGUGUUUCGGCCUGUCAAUUUCUGUCAAACGGAAAAUGGCAGCGACGAGUGUUGUCGUUCUUGAUAGGGGCAACAAUACAACUUGUACCGUAAAUCUUUUCGGAGCUACGGUAGUAUCAUGGAGAGUUAAUAAUCAAGAACAGUUAUUUGUAAGUAAACAAGCCGUCUUUGAUGGCAAAAGAGCGAUACGGGGAGGAAUACCGUUUGUAUUUCCUCAGUUCGGGCAAUGGGCGUUCGGCCCCCAGCACGGGUUCGCGCGCAUCGCUCGCUGGAACGUGGAGAAGAUGCCCGAGCGGCUGCCCAGCGGCGACGUGGAGGCCGUCUUCAGCCUCAUGGACAGCGACUUCACCAGGUCCAUGUGGCACUUCCAAUUCCGCCUGACCUACCGACUAAUUCUCCGCGAGAAGGAGCUGCACUUCAACAUCGGCGUGUACAACCCGAGCAAGGAGCUGCCGUUCUCGUGCCAGCUGCUGCUGCACACGUACUUCAAGGUGCCGGACGUGCGCCGCUGCCAGCUCACCGGCAUGCACGGCUGCAUGUUCAUUGAUAAGACGCGCGACGGCGCCGUGUACCAGGAGACGCGCGAGGUGGUCACCAUCAACGAGUGGACGGACCGCAUCUACCAGAACACGAUGCAGGAGCACAUCAUCACUAAUGUAGUGAGCGGCAGGAAGAUGCGGAUACAGAAGUACAACUUUCCGGAUACCGUGAUCUGGAACCCGUGGUCCGAGUUCGCGAAAGAGAUCCCCGACUUCGGAGACGACGAGUUCCCCAACAUGGUGUGUGUGGAGGCGGGCCGCGUGGCCGCGCCCAUCGUGCUGCUGCCCGGCACCGCCUUCGAGGCCAGCCAGAUACUGCAGGUGAUGUAAGUUGAAAUGGGCGCCAAGAAACGUAAACAGCCGUCCACAGAUGCGAUGUCAAUUCAACAUCCAUUCCAAGACAAUAUGUUGGCAGGAGCCUACUGCAAAGCAAUCUUUAAAAGUAUCCAUAAUAAUAACCAUAUUACUCUCCAGUUUAAUUGAAUAAUUGCCACGAUAUUUACAAAGUAAGCAUUUUGAAUACAAACGUUAAGACUAAUUAUAGUACUCGCUCAAUUCAAUACAGACGACUAUAUUACUUUUAGCAUAUUACAGUACUUUUUUUUUUUAAUGGGCUCCGGUCGCAACCUGACUAUAUCAUUCCGUUGUUGUAUAAUAAUAAUAUAAUUAGUACAUAACUAAUUACAAUGCUAUGAGUAGGAUAGAUUUUUUUUAUAAUAAAAGGCAGAUCUUCAAAAGUGUAAGCACUUAAAAACAUGAUCCGAUUUAGACCGGUUCUUCAUCAGAAAGUAGGCAAUUAAUCCUAGAUAUCAUAAUUUUAAAUGAAAAAUGUCUAUUUUAGAAAUUUAGACAAACUGAAGAAUAAUCUAGGAAAAAGAAAACAAUAAGACCACAAAAACUAAUACCUAAUCCUGUAUCAAUAAAUGGUCGCAGAAUAAGGAAACAUUUUUUGAAGAUCUGUUAUUGAUAAUAUCAACAAUUAGUUCGAUUAAUGGGUAAUAGUGGUAGUAAGAGUUAGGCUGCUUUGUACAAUUCUACACUGAAGGCAGCUAGAACACCAAUUUAUUUUAUAAACGGUUGUUAAUUUAAUCACAUUCAGUAAUAGUGAGAAAUCGUUUUAAAUCCAUGACCCAAAACAGUCUCAAUAUUUCUCACUGCUACUGUCUGUACUGUGGUAUUCUUACUUUAUUCUGACACUAAUCUUGCCAGUUGUACGUUUACAUUCUUUCCAUUAUUAUGUUUUAUAAUUAUUACGAUAAUGCUCAUGCACAAAUUAUUUCAUAAGUUGAUUAUUUUGGCUUCGGUUGUAUUUAUAGUGAGCGACAAAAGUUGUUUUACUCUUUAUACCAAUCACUAUCACGUGAAAAGCCAACAAAUUUUGCAAACGGUGCCAAUUCAGUGGAGUGAUACUUUAAUCGUGUUUUUAUAUUUGGUCGGAGUACUUUUAAGGUACCUACUAUUUUCUGUCUUCCAAAAUUGAAUCUUGUUCUUAUUAUUCUGUUAUUUCCUUGUUGUUUUUAAUUCGGCACUGCUUUUGAAAUUAUAUACACUUCAUUCGUUAUUUCCAAAAAUAAACUGAUAAAGAUUUGCUCACUAUAACAUAAUAAUGUAGGUAUUUUAUAUAACCUGUGACUAUGUGUUAGUUUAUCCCUAGAUCUGCUCUUAGAAAUAUCUAACUGCCAGUUUCUAUAACUAUCUAUCUAUAACUGGUAGUUACUUUCAUACGAUUUUGACAGAUUGUUACUUUUGAUUAUGUCAAAAUCGUAUGAAAGUAACUGCCAGUUAUGGAUAGAUAGAGAUAUAGAAACUGUCCGUAAGAAAAAGUUGCACAUAGUCCAAUGUGUUGCAAUGCAAUGGAUUGCAAUAUUAAUUCGGAUUGAAGAUUUUCUAGGUACCUACUUAUAUGAUCUUUCUCAGUACCUAUGUAUGUAAUGUCAUUGCCCUGACAAUAUUGUAGUGGCGUGAGGCCGGCCACCGUAACUCAUUUUUGUACCGUAGACUGUAUAUUUAAGUAUCACAUACGAAAGUAAAGUUUUGUAGAUAAUCAGCAUCAUGAAAUGCCGUCACAACUUUGUACAAAUUUAAGUGAUUUUUUUAAACAUAAUUUUGUUUUUAUUUUGUAUCGACUUUUGAUGUGAAACAUUUUGGAGGCUUAUGAAGUAUACGAUGACUAAUGUAAGAAUAUGUACUUAGAUAUAACGAGUUCCUUCUUUCAAUAUGAUAUAAUUGGGUAUUUUAUAUAAUUUAGGUAGUUUCAGACAUCGAAGAUGCAUGUUGUAUUUGUAUUUUACAAUUGUAAGUUGCAAAGAUGUGAUUCUUUGUAUUUUUAUGUAUAAUCUCCACUUUAAACAGGUAGUUAUAUGUAAGAAGGAAAGGACAAACUCAAUGUAAACUAACACGUAUGUAACGCAGCAUCGAAAAUCGACAACGAAGUGUACUUCCAUAGGUGCAAUAAACAGAAAUAAUAAAUCAA